GGACGAAGAAAGUGAUGAUGUUGAGAUAUUAAUUACUACUGAUGAGAGCUCUAGCGAAAAUGUGUUCAUGUCCGAUGAUGAAUUAUCAUAAAAUAGACUUUAAUACAAAAGAUGGCUGGUGGAGAUAAGGGUAAGGGUCACGUAGAGCAAACAAAGUCCAAUACUGGGAAGUGGAAAGAACUUUCUAGGUUGCGACAUGCCAUCCUUGGUGGUGGUAGAUCAAGUGGCACAUCGGUCAGCGCAUCUGCGAGUGCAUCAGGCAGCGCAUUAGCCAGUGCCUCAGCCAGCGCAUCAGCCAGCGCCUCAGGCAGCGCAUCAGCGAGGGCAUCAGGUACUGCCACUGUCAGAGUGCCUAUUGGGCCUCACUGCACCAAUGUCACUAGCACCUCUUCCGGAGGGUUUACACGUUCCACUGAUGAGUCCAGGAUGCACGAUGAUGAGAGCAUGGACUCAGACGAGUCGAUAGAGCACGAGCAUGACGAUGCUAUGAACCUUGGACCGAGCGUAGUAUACUUUGAUCGCUCUGGCAGUGUCGUCUUCACGGAAGAGGGAGCUCGGAUCAUUUGUUCCACAUUCCAGCAGAGGCUCGAUCCAACAGGGGGUAGUUGGAAGAGCCUAAGCGACGCGACUGUGGACUUUUACUGGAGAGAGUUUCAGAAACAUGCCACUUGGGACCCUCGCAUUGAUGAUAGCGUUAUGAAUGAGAAGAAAGGAACAGAGAAGGUGCAGCCACUUGUACCGCAAUCGUGGAAGGAGUAUUGGAAGUCACCAAAGUUCUUGGCAUCCUCCAAGCAAAACAAGAAAAAUCGGCAUGGCGGUGACGAGAAUGCCCCUGCUAGCGCCACGCACACCGGUGGUCCAUUGUCUUUUCGCGAGACUCAAGCGCGCCUUCAAAACUACGCAGCCAUGCAGGAGGCAGUUCGUGAAGAGGGCUUAAAUGUGACACCUAACGAGAUUUUUCUAUCUACAGUCGGAGGACAUGAUGCCAAGAAUCGUGUUUAUGGUGUUGGAGAUCUCGCACGGAGCCUACCACGAAUGCAUGCAAGUGAGGCAAGACGUGCUAGCACCAGUGUCAAGGAACCGAUUCAACCAGAAGCUCAAGCUUGUGGUUGUGGCCCAGGAAUGAUUGUUAUAUACUCUAACACGCCCCCUCACGUGUAGGCGUGACCUCUUUGAGCCUUGCACGUGAAACCUUAUUUUUUUUAAAUUGGGUGGCGGUGAGUUUCGAACUCGUGACCUCUUGGUCAUCAAGGCUUUGAUACCAUGUCAAGGAACCGAUUCAACCAGAAGCUCAAGCUUGUGGUUGUGG